UGGCCCCGCCUCUCGCUGUGGCUGGGAUCUCGCGGGAAGAGCUGUGGGCACGGCUGUGGCUCGGUCUCCCGGUUGCGCGCGGAGCGGGAGGGUUCUCCCCACACAAGCGGUUCCUCGCGGAGGGGUUGGAGCUACCGCAGACGCAGGCCUGAGCCGUCCCUUCUUCGCCGCCUCCUUCUCUUCCUCAGGGCUUCCUGGCCCGCUCGCCCUCCGACGCUGCCCAGGUAUGGUCUGAAUAUGCGUUGCUUGGCAGCUCGGGUCAACUAUAAGACUUUGAUUAUCAUCUGUGCACUCUUCACUUUGGUCACAGUACUUUUAUGGAAUAAGUGUUCCAGCGACAAAGCGAUCCAGUUUCCACGGCACUUGAGUAGUGGCUUCAGAGUGGAUGCAUUAGAAAAAAGAGCAGCAGCAUCUGAGAGCAACAAUCAUGUCAACCACAUGGCCAAACAGUCUGAGGAAACAUUUCCUCAAGAACAGCAGAAAGCACCCCCUGUUGUUGGUGGCUUCAACAGCAAUGGAGGAAGCAAAGUGUUAGGGCUCAAAUAUGAAGAAAUUGACUGUCUCAUAAAUGAUGAACAUACAAUUAAAGGGAGACGAGAGGGGAAUGAAGUCUUUCUUCCAUUCUCCUGGGUAGAGAAAUACUUUGAUGUUUAUGGAAAGGUGGUUCAGUACGAUGGCUAUGAUAGGUUUGAAUUCUCUCAUAGCUAUUCCAAAGUCUAUACACAGAGAGCCCCUUAUCACCCUGAUGGUGUGUUUAUGUCCUUUGAAGGCUACAAUGUGGAAGUCCGAGACAGAGUCAAAUGCAUAAGUGGGGUUGAAGGUGUACCUUUGUCUACACAAUGGGGACCUCAAGGCUAUUUCUACCCAAUCCAGAUUGCACAGUAUGGAUUAAGUCAUUACAGUAAGAAUCUAACUGAGAAACCCCCUCACAUAGAAGUAUAUGAAACAGCAGAAGACAGGGACAAAAGUAACAAGCUCAGUGACUGGACUGUGCCAAAGGGCUGCUUUAUGGCUAGUGUGACUGAUAAGUCUAGGUUCACCAAUGUUAAACAAUUCAUUGCUCCAGAAACCAGUGAUGGUGUAUCCUUGCAACUGGGGAACACAAAAGAUUUUAUUAUUUCAUUUGACCUCAAGUUCUUGACAAAUGGAAGUGUAUCUGUGGUUCUGGAGACCACAGAAAAGAAUCAGCUCUUCACUGUACAUUAUGUCUCAAAUACCCAGCUAAUUGCUUUUAAAGAAAGAGACAUAUACUAUGGCAUCGGGCCCAGAACUUCUUGGAGCACGAUUACCAGGGACCUGGUCACUGACCUCAGAAAAGGAGUGGGUCUUUCCAACACAAAAGCUGUCAAGCCAACCAAAAUAAUGCCGAAGAAGGUGGUUAGGCUGAUUGCGAAAGGGAAAGGAUUCCUUGACAACAUUACCAUCUCUACCACAGCCCACAUGGCCGCAUUCUUCGCUGCCAGUGAUUGGCUGGUGAGGAACCAGGAUGAGAAAGGUGGCUGGCCAAUUAUGGUGACCCGUAAGUUAGGGGAAGGGUUCAAGUCUUUAGAGCCCGGGUGGUACUCUGCCAUGGCCCAGGGGCAAGCCAUUUCUACCUUAGUCAGAGCCUAUCUCCUAACUAAAGACCAUACAUUCCUCAACUCAGCUUUAAGGGCAACAGCCCCUUACAAGUUUCUGUCAGAGCAGCAUGGAGUUAAGGCUGUGUUUAUGAAUAAACAUGAUUGGUAUGAAGAAUAUCCAACCACACCUAGCUCUUUUGUUUUAAAUGGCUUUAUGUAUUCUUUAAUUGGGCUGUAUGACUUAAAAGAAACUGCAGGAGAAAAACUUGGGAAAGAAGCGAGGUACUUGUAUGAGCGUGGUAUGGAAUCCCUUAAAGCCAUGCUCCCCUUGUACGACACUGGCUCAGGAACUAUCUAUGACCUCCGACACUUCAUGCUUGGCAUUGCCCCCAACUUGGCUCGCUGGGACUACCACACCACCCACAUCAAUCAACUGCAGCUACUCAGCACCAUUGAUGAGUCCCCAGUCUUCAAAGAAUUUGUCAAGCGGUGGAAAAGCUACCUUAAAGGCAGCAGGGCAAAGCACAACUAGAGCUCAGAACCAAAUCUUCUUUCAGCCUCUGCUAUACACAAAAACUAUGGGCUCUAUGUCAGCAGAGCAUAGGCACAUUUUAAAAGGUUAUAUACUAGGUUUUUGUGGAUUGCAUUGAAGUGAUAAAUGAUCCUUAAAACCAGUCUUCUGAGAUAAUUGCAUUCCAUGGGUUGCGGUGUUUAGAAAUGUAGGUGGCAUUUAGAGCAGAAAAGUCAGUGGGCUGAAUGAAGAUGUUUUACUUGGCCUUGCUUUUCACCCUAUACAGUUCACAGAUAGUCCAAUCCUCUCGGUUUGAGAAAGGCAACGGUAAGUAGCCCUUACCUGUCCAGCACUUGCCUGAAAACUUAGUAUGGGGCUCUUUUAAAAUGUGAUUAUUUAUGUUUAUGUUGAAAGCAGACUUUAAAAAAAUAAUGUGCUGUAAUACAGUAAAUAUGUACUUGUAGCCUGAAUAGUGGACUGUGUGCAACUUUAAAAAUGAUGUUUCUUUUCUAUACAUUAAUUUCUUGGGGGGUGAAUGAGCAUUUGUUGCAUUUGUUAUAUAUGGAGAAUAUUUUGGAUUUGUGAUUUUCUUGAGAUAUGUAAAUUAAAAACACAACCAGUGUUCAGGCUUCACAGUUAUAUAAUGUAAGCACAACUAAAAUGAAACUUGUUGACUGCACAAGAAAUUACAAAAACGUUAUCUGUUUUAUGAAACUUGAUCUACAAUCAGUAAAGGUUUGAUAAUCAGUCUGUCCCUCCUCCAACCCAUUUUGGUAGUUUCUUUUUGUUGCUGUCUAGAACUUUGUAUUUCAUUUCAGAUUACACUGAGAGUUUUGUCUGUUUUGGGGGACAUUUGGGAAAUUUUAUUAUAAACCUAAAUUGGGGGAGGAGCAAGUAAUUUUUGAUAAGUCCCCUACUACUGUCCUUUUAGGAUUUUUUUUUCCCUUUAAAAAGUAAUAGUAGGUCAGAUGUAAGAGUUAUAAUAACAGGUUUCUUUCCUACUUAAAUCAUUCUUGGUUGGCAACUUUCCAAACUAUUUAUUUUGUGCAUCAGUGUUUUUCUUUUGCAAUUUUUUUUUUUUUUUUUUUUUUUUUUUUUUUGGUCUUUUUAGGGCCAUACCUGCAGCAUAUGGAGGUUCCCAGGCUAGGGGUCUAAUCAGAGCUACAGCUGCCGACCUACACCACAGCCAUAGCAAUGCCAGAUCCAAGCCACAUCUGCAGCCUACACCACAGCUCACACCAACGUCGGAUCCUUAACCCACUGAGCAAGGCCAGGGAUCGAACCCUCGACCUCAUGGUUCCUAGUUGGAUUCGUUUAAACUGCGCCACAACAGGAACUCCUCUUUUGCAAUUUUAACUUUAAAUUAUUUCAGCUAUGGGAAAGAAGUGAUGCUACUACAUUUGCUAUACGUGAGUAAUCAGACCUUUAUUUCGGUUUUAUAUCCCAUCAUAGCUCACAGAAACAGGUAUCAUAGCCCUCAAACCCUGGGCAUUGUCUGCUGUGGGACUUCAGGCAGUACGGCAGAACUGAAGGAGGCUGGUUUUGUUUUAGCGUAUGAUACUUUGUUUUAGUGUAUGACAGUAAACUAAAUAUGAUAACUUAGAUUGGAAAUGUGAUACCCCACACUUUUGGGGGACUAGGUCUGACAUGUCGUGCAGUGUAUGUGACCUGCAUGAAGUGCACAUCAGCAGCCAGGUGGGUACCUGCCGGCAUACUACAUCUCCCAACACCACUCAGAAACCAGGAAGUACAUACAUAUAUAUGUGCAAAAUAUAUGUGUUCGUGGCAAGAGCAAGUAGGAGCAAAAGAUCUACAACUGAGGAUAAUGUUCAACUGUCUAUGGGAAAGUAAGUUUAAACUCCCAGUUUAUGUGACCACAAGUUGAUUUUGCCCCCCCCACACACACACACAAAAUGUUGUGGGUUAUUAAGUUUCCUCCUAGCUGUUAACCUUUGGAGUUCUUAUACAUUAGAUGUCUCAACAAGAAUAUCUGGGCUCCUCCUUUUUUAUUUCAGCACUCAAAAAUAAGCUUUCUGCAAUCUGGAAACCCUUUUUACUUGAUCGUAUUUGUUAUUAUUUAGAGCAGUCCAGACUUCGCCUUUUGUUUGCAUACUGGUACUUCAGAUUGAGGGAGUCAGUAAAAACAGUAUGGUACUGCUUCUAUGACAAAUAUCAGUGCCUUAACAAUGUGGCUGUCUUUUUCCACUGAAAAAGGAAAGACAUUUUGAUCUAGAAACGGCAUUGCUAUUUAUUACUGUUGGUUUCACACUGCCUUCCAAUUUGCAACAGCAACUCAGUGUUUCCUGUGGUCCCAGAAUUUUCAAAGAGGUUGAGCUGAACCUAUAGCUGCACCAUCAGAACAAACCAGUGGUUCUUACAUUUUAAAAUGCCUCAGAAUCACUUGGAGCUUACUGAAAUAUGUAUUCCAGAUAUUUAGUAAAUCUGCCUAUGAAGCAUAAUAAUUCCACAUUUUUAAACAAGCAUUCAGGUAAUUCUGAUGCAAGUGAUCUGGGGGACAUACAUGGAGAAACACUGCCCAAGACCAUAUAUCACAUUUUUGUUCCUAAAUACCUAUGGAGUUUUCUAGGGUUUUAAGUCAUGCAAAAUGUUUACUUAUUCUGAGCUUAGAGAUAAUGGGGAAGGUAUUUUGAAGUUUUGUUUUAUUUCUUUAAAUUUUUCUUUGUUCCAGGAUUAUGGGUAUUAGUUGUUUACAUUUAUCUUGAGUUAUCUUUGAUGUUAAGUUAAAUCUGUUGCCACUUCAGUUAUAAAACCAGCCAAAAUUUCCAGAUGAAGGUCAGGUUUGACCCUUUCAGAGUUAUUGUACAUAAAGGCUUCAUCCAAAAACCAUCCAGUAUACGUGAGCAAAUACAGAAAUGACACACAAGCACAACUCUCCAGAUGUGGCAGUCCUUUUUCUUUGUCGGUGUGCAAACUUUCACUGAAAGCUGCUAUUUUCAUCCUCCUUGUGAUUGUUUUAUCUUACUUCUCCAUCGUACAUGUGGGUUAUAUACCAUGUGUUAAAUAUGCAAUAAAGUGUUUACUGGAUGCCCUUCUGAAGGGUAGUCCUUUGUAAAGCUGUACAGACUUUGCAGUUUAAGCACAAUGUGCACAUGUUAGUUUUAUAUACAGCAAAACUUGAUUUUUUGCAGAUGGAAAGGUAUUUUGUUUCUAUACAAAGUCAAUGGAUUGUUUGUGCUUAAUGUAAAGCUGCUUUAUAAAGUUGUAAAAUAAAGUUUUUAUCUUAAAAG